AUGGCAAGUCAAACUACUGACAUAGUAGCCAAGGUGCUGGAGCAGCAGGUGCUGCAGUCCGUUUGGCUGGUUGAAGAACAGCUGGACAAAGAGCUAGAGAAAUUGUACAGGGUUGAUGAGGAUGAACUGGAGAAGCUGAAGGAGAGGAGGCUGGAGGCUUUCAAGAAAUCUCAAAAACAAAUGCAGGAAUGGCUGUCUGAGGGACAUGGGGAAUACAAGGAGACUCCCAGUGAGAGAGACUUACUUUUUUCUGAGGUUAUGAGCAAAAAUGUGGUUUGCUAUUUAUACAGGGACUCAGCAUUCAGGUGUAAAAUUUUAGUUAAGCACCUCUCUGUUCUUGCCAAGAAGCACCUGGAGACAAAGUUCAUUAAGCUCACUGUGGAAAAGGCACCUUUUAUAACAGACCAGCUGCGCAUCGAGGUUAUUCUGACGGCAUUGGUGAAGAAUGGGAAGACCAAAGACUAUGUUGUGAGCUUUACUGACCUGGGAAACACAAACAAGUUCAGAACUUAGAUGUUGGAAUGGAGACUAGGCUCCUGAGAUGUAAUUAACUUCAGUGGCAGCCUGCUGGAACCUUCUCCUAUUGGACAGAAAUCAAGGUCAAAGUUCAACAAGAAGACUGAGAGGAAAAGGUUACAAUUCCAAUUCUGA